UGUGUCGUACCAGAAAGGCCGCGACGUUCUUAGACUGUGGAACUCAGGCGCGGCGACGUCAAGAUGGCGGCGGCGGCUGUGGCAGCGGCUGCGGCAGCGGCCGCGGCCGCAUCUCUUCAGGUGCUGGAGAUGGAGAGCAUGGAGACGGCCGCCGCCGGCUCGGCGGGGCUGGCUGCCGAAGUCCGAGGCAGCGGCACGGUGGACUUCGGGCCUGGGCCCGGGAUCUCUGCAAUGGAGGCGAGCGGGGGCGAUCCGGGCCCAGAGGCCGAGGAUUUCGAGUGCAGCUCUCACUGCUCGGAGCUGUCCUGGCGGCAGAACGAACAGCGGCGCCAGGGCCUCUUCUGCGACAUUACCCUGUGCUUCGGCGGUGCUGGAGGCCGCGAGUUCCGGGCCCACCGCUCGGUGCUGGCCGCCGCCACCGAGUACUUCACGCCCCUCCUCUCUGGCCAGUUUUCUGAGUCCCGCUCGGGCCGGGUGGAGAUGCGCAAGUGGAGCUCCGAGCCGGGGCCCGAACCCGACACUGUGGAGGCCGUUAUCGAAUACAUGUACACCGGGCGCAUCCGCGUCAGCACUGGCAGCGUGCACGAGGUACUGGAGUUGGCCGACAGGUUUUUAUUAAUUCGUUUAAAAGAAUUUUGUGGCGAAUUUCUCAAGAAAAAACUUCAUCUCUCAAAUUGUGUAGCCAUUCAUAGCUUAGCUCACAUGUAUACCCUAAGCCAGCUUGCUCUAAAAGCUGCUGAUAUGAUACGGAGAAAUUUCCACAAAGUAAUUCAGGAUGAAGAAUUUUAUACUUUACCUUUUCAUCUCAUUCGAGAUUGGCUUUCAGACUUGGAAAUUACGGUUGAUUCUGAAGAGGUUCUCUUUGAAACAGUUUUGAAGUGGGUUCAGAGAAAUGCUGAAGAGAGAGAGAGAUACUUUGAAGAACUUUUUAAAUUGCUCAGGUUAUCCCAGAUGAAACCUACCUACCUUACUCGGCACGUCAAACCAGAGAGGCUGGUAGCCAAUAAUGAAGUUUGUGUCAAGUUGGUGGCUGAUGCAGUAGAGAGGCAUGCUCUGAGAGCUGAGAAUAUACAAUCUGCCACCUUCCAGCACCCUGCUUCUCAUAUCUCAUUAUUACCUCGUUUUGGGCAAAACAUGGACGUGAUCAUGGUUAUUGGGGGUGUAUCAGAAGGAGGGGACUAUUUAAGUGAAUGUGUGGGAUAUUUUGUUGAUGAGGACAGAUGGGUAAACCUACCCCAUAUUCAUAAUCACCUUGAUGGACAUGCUGUUGCAGUAACAGAAUCCUAUGUAUAUGUUGCUGGAUCAAUGGAACCAGGGUUUGCUAAAACUGUAGAAAGGUAUAACCCAAAUUUGAAUACGUGGGAACAUGUUUGUAGUCUGAUGACAAGAAAGCAUUCUUUUGGACUGACAGAAGUCAAAGGGAAGCUCUAUAGCAUUGGAGGACACGGUAACUUUAGUCCUGGCUUUAAAGAUGUGACUGUUUAUAAUCCUGAGCUUGAUAAAUGGCACAACUUGGAAUCGGCACCAAAGAUUCUUCGAGAUGUCAAAGCAUUAGCCAUUGAAGACCGCUUUGUGUACAUUGCCGCCCGCACUCCUGUGGACCGAGACACUGAAGAUGGAUUAAAGGCUGUAAUUACUUGCUAUGAUACCGAGACUCGACAGUGGCAAGAUGUAGAGUCUUUGCCGCUUAUUGACAAUUACUGCUUUUUCCAAAUGUCGGUGGUCAGUUCAAACUUUUAUCAGACAGCAUCAUGCUGUCCCAAGAGUUAUUCUUUAGAAAAUGAAGAGGCAGUAAGAAAAAUUGCCAGUCAAGUGUCUGAUGAGAUCCUUGAAAGCCUGCCUCCAGAAGUCCUUAGCAUUGAAGGAGCAGCCAUUUGCUAUUACAAAGAUGAUGUCUUCAUUAUUGGAGGCUGGAAAAACAGUGAUGAUAUUGACAAACAGUAUCGGAAAGAAGCCUAUCGAUAUUGUGCUGAGAGAAAGAGGUGGAUGCUUCUUCCUCCCAUGCCACAGCCUCGUUGUAGAGCCACUGCUUGUCAUGUGAGGAUCCCAUACCGGUACUUGCAUGGCACACAGAGAUAUCCUAUGCCUCAAAACCUAAUGUGGCAGAAAGACCGCAUCAGACAGAUGCAAGAAAUACAUCGGCACGCCCUAAACAUGCGGAGAGUCCCAAGCUCUCAGAUCGAAUGCUAGGUUCUCUAAUACAUGCAUCUUAAGACUGUUAUACCUGUCUCAUGAAGUUGAAGAUACACAGACUGUUACUUGAAAAGUAUGUUGAUAACUUAUUUUCUACCUGAACUGAUUAUUACCCUAAAAAAAGAAGUAUAGUUAAAAACUGAAUAAUGGGAAACUCAGUUCAGUAUGUGAUAAUUUUUGUUAGUUUGCAGUCUUUAUCUGUCUUUGGUUUGUGUGUAUUUGCUAGCUAAAUAAGAUCUUAUUAAAGACAAGUGGAAAAAUCAGAUAUAGUUACUUGGCUGUUUCUCUGCCAACAAGGUAUAACUCCUUUGUCUUGGGGACUUAGGUUUUGAACAUGCUUUAAGCACCAAUUUUAUUUGCACAUAUACUUUGAUAUUCAUUUUUGUUUUUUCCAGAAUGGUUGGUUUUGGCAAAGUCAGAAUUUAUGCAUUGAGCCCUUAUCUGCAGGAGGCAUGUGCAAUAGUGAGACUGAAAUUUGAAGAAAAAUGAACAAUAUUUUCAGCAGAUGAUUUCAGAAUGUUCACAUUGAUAUUUUGCUGUAUUUAUCUGGAAAUGAUAUUUUCAUUUAUAGAAUAGGUAACUGAUGAGAAAUUUGUGAUUGGCUCAUGCAUUUUUUGAAUAUUUUUCAUUUCGUUAGCAGCUGUUUAUAGAAUUUAAGCCAUCACUCUGAGAUGAUGGUAGUUGGCAAAAGUAUAGGUCUUUAGCUGAUUGAAUACAGAGGAAGUUACAUAUGAAAUUUGUUUCUCUAAGAAGAGAAAAGUAUUAUCAGUGUAGACUGAGAAAUCAAAGGCAAACAUUUUUUUCAGGAGUUGCAGGCUUAUUUGAGGAUAUGUUAAUGAGUGUAAAUAAUGCCUAAGACAAUCGACACUCAAUGCCUUCAGUUUUAAUUGUUGCUCUAAUGCAUAUUGUGUGGUCUUCAUUCCUUUCUGUAAGAAACAUUUUUUUCCCCAGAUGGGAAGGAAUUAAUCUUAGAGAAAUGUUGCUAAAGAGAAGCCUUACCAUUUCUGGCCCUGAUUCUUAUAGUCUAUCCAAUUGCCGUAGACUUUUAUUGGAACUUUUCCUGAGACUAGAAUACCAAAUUUGGAUGCAUAAUUUUGACUUUCAAAGAUUUAUCACUACAUGUAUAUCAUAUUGAUUUUUAAGCAUUCUAAUUCUCUUACACAUUCCUAAGCUUUAUGCAAGUUAGAGCUCAGGUUUACUCUUUUAAUAUUAACAUAAAGGACUCCUGUUCUAACGGUUUGUAAUGUUUGUCCAGUAUACUUUUCUUGUUUUCUUAAGGAAUGUGUUUACCUUCUUAGACAUUCCAGAAUACCAUUCUAGAGGUCAGAUUCCAAGUGCAGUGUUUUGUUUUGUUUUUCCCUAGUCAAUUAUACUUAACCUUCUUGUUAGUUGCAUGAUCAAACAUUACAAGAAAAAAACACCGGGCGUGGUUAUUCAUGCCUGUAAUCCUAGCACUUUGGGAGGCCCAGGCAGGAUGAUCACUUGAAGUCAGGAGUUCAAGACCAGCCUGAGAAGAGCGAGAUAAUAUCUCUACAAAAAAUAGAAGAAUUAGCCAGGCAUGGUAGAGCAUGCCUGUAGUCUCAACUACUUGGGAGGCUGAGGGAGGAGCAUUGCUUCAGCUCAGGAGUUUUGAUGUUGCAGAGUGAGUAUGACGAUGCUACUGCCCUCAUGAUGCCCAGACAACAAAGGGGGACCUAAUCUCUGGAAAAAAUAUUUAAAAAGCACAACCAGAAGUUUUGGUUUUCUAUUUGCUGCAAGACUACUAAUGUUCUUGCAUGCUAAGAACUUUUCUGAAAUUUCUAAAUUAGUAUCCCUGCCUAAUGUACAGGUUUUUGUUUUGAGUUUUUUGGGUUUUUUUGAGACAAAGUCUCACUGUUGCCACAGGCUAGAGUGCCAUGAUAUCAGUAUAGCUCACAGCAACCUCAAACUCCUGGGUUUAAGUGAUCCUCCUGCGUCAGCCUCCUGAGUAGCUGGGACUACAGGAGCCUGCCACAAUCCCUAGCUAAUUUUUCUAUUUCUAGUAGGGACAGGGUCUUACUCUUGCUCAGGCUGGUCUCGAACUUCAGAGCUCAAGUAAUCCUCCUGCCUCAGCCCCCCAGAGUGCUAGGGUUGCAGCCAUGAGCUACCUGGGCCCAGCCUUAGAACAAAACGGGUUUUUUUGUUUGUUUGUUUUUUUCUUUUCAAGAGAGUCUUAUUCUAUCACCCUCAGUAGAGUGCCGUGGCGUCUCAGUUCAGACCAACCUCCAGCUCCUGGGCUUAGGCGAUUCUCCUGCCUUAGCCUCCCAAGUAGCUGGGACUAUGGUGCCUGCCCGGCUAUUUUUUGUUGCAGUUUGGCCUGAGUCAGGUUCGAACCCUCCAUCCUAGGUAUAUGGGGCCAGUGCCCUACCCACUGAGCCACAGGCAUCGCCCGAGAACAGAGGUUUUUAAUAAAUGUGUUGGAAAUCUGCUUUAAAUCCAUUUAAUUUAUACUGUAAUGGGGGGUUGAGAAAGUACAAUUCUAUUUUUUUGCAGUUAUUUUAAUAAAAGCCAUUUGAAUUCUGAGAAGUAUUAAUUCUUAGUUAUGACAGGUGUAUGCAAACAGGACAGUGAAUAAAGCUCAUUGAAGUUCUCUUUUCUCUCUGAUAGACUAUGCUAACGAACUUCCUUUUCUUGGUUGUAUUGAAAUAAUUUAGUAUCUUGCUAGGAUGCCAGUUUUUCUCCAGAAGAGUGUGAUGUAUUUUGGUAUCAGAUUUGUCUUCUGAGGUAAUCAUUACCAAGUUAUUUGUGGGGUUGUCUUUUUUCACAUGAUGUGACAGGAAUUAAAAGAUUUAGGUAUAUUGGGCGGCGCCUGUGGCUCAGUUGGUAGGGCGCCGGCCCCAUAUACCGAGGGUGGCGGGUUCAAACCCGGCCCCGGCUGAACUGCAACCAUAAAAUAGCUGGGCGUUGUGGCGGGCGCCUGUAGUCCCAGCUACUUGGGAGGCUGCGGCAAGAGAAUCACUUAAGCCCAGGAGUUGGGAGGUUGCUGUGAGCUGUGUGAUGCCAUGGCACUCUACCGAGGGCCGUAAAGUGAGACUCUGUCUCUACAAAAAAAAAAAAAAGAUUUAGGUAUAAUCUGGUUUUAAAAAUUUGAUUGAAACUGUUGUGUUUUAACUCAGCAGGCAGACUAGGCCAUGGCUGAAAAGAAGGGGUAAGUCCUUCAUUGCAUGAUGAUGUGUGCAGGUUUUCCUGACUGCUGAAUUUCUAAUUUUUAUACUUGAAUUCACAUGUGUGAUUUCACAUCAAUAACGUGUGUUUCUGAAAUACCCUAACUAACUUAUUUUUAAGGAAAGAAACCAGAUUUGCUUAAAUCUGUUCAAGGCUGACAUUCUGAAAUUCUAAACUAGAAAUAACUUCCCAGAAUUUUUGGAAAGGUUCUAAUUAUGAUGACCAGGCCUAAAAUGGCUCCUUGGGAAAGAAAUUUCCUUUUUAAGGAAAACUUAAAAGAUUGUAUUUGGUGAUUUAAGCAGUUAAAAACAUGGCUUUAAAAAGACAAUGUGUAUUCAAGCAAACCUUUGUUGCUUCUGCUUUCAUUUGGUGGAAGGGGGAGAGAAGAAUUAUACCAUAAAGUGGUAACUAUACAUAACUUUGAGUGAGGCUGCUUACAAUGGGUAUCCCUUAAUUAUACCUACUCCACUUGGUUUAAAAAAAAAUCAGUGGUAUAUAUUGAGAAUGUCAGUCAUGAGCUUAGUGUUUAAGUAAUACAUCUCACUUGCAAUUGUUUGCAUGAUUAGUCUUGUGUACCUUGAUAUUCAACUUUGCUUUUGCUGUGCCAGUUCAAAAUAACUUCCUUGCCAAAAACUUAAAAUUCAUUGACAUCAGUUUGUUUUGAUCUCCUGGUUUUGUAUAAUAUUUCUGGGACCAAAAAAUUAAAUACUGACCUUGUAAUGUAGAACAGAAAUUUAAAGCUAGAAAGGUAGUGUUUAUGGAAGAUUUGUGUGCUUUUGUUUUUUUAAACACUAAAAGCUGCUGGUAAGGCAGUCUCUGGGGCACACUUCCUCUUUAUCUCUUUACUAGUGUAGCAUGUGGUAUAUUUAAAAUACUUCAUUUUCUGCUUUAUAAUUCUAAUAUCAACACUGUACUAUAAGUAGACAGGUGAGCUGAAUUGUAUAUUUUUAGUUAUAACUAAAGGGACUUCUUUGAUACUUUCCUUAAAUUAAGCUUAAGUAAGAAGGGCAUGUUGGCCACAUUUCAUGUCUUUGAAAGUAUACAGUACUGUGAAGCUAGUACAUAGGGUGCUUUAUAGAAUAUUUGAGAAACAAUUCAGUCUCUCCUUAACUGUCAAAUAUAUUGGCACAGUUCAUCACUCCAGUUCGUUACUUUCCUCAGAAUGGUCCAUUUUUGGUUUUGUUAUAAUGCUUACAUAAUAACAUAUGUUCUGGUCAUUGGAAACAAAACAGCUCAUAGUUGAGUGAUGUAGUACAGUACAAUGACAUAACAUGGUAGUCAUUUUGCUUCAAGGAAUUUAAUUGGAUAGCCAAAUUACUACUCUAUCGCAUUUGUAGAGAUUUCGUGUUACUGUAUGUGACCAUUACUACGUAGGUCUUACAUUGAAGCACAUACUGUAGAGCACUUAUUAACUUAAUCCUCUUGCGUAAUGCACUCGUGAAAAGUAGUGCUUGCUCUAGAAUCUAGAUGUUUGAUGAUUUUAUGAUCCAUGUGCUAGAGCUCAUUGAGUUUUUGUAAAAUAGAUACUUAGUUUGAAUUGAUACAGUGAAGUUUUUGGGCUAGCAGUUAUGGAGGCCCCUACUCUACUAAAAGUAUAAUCUUGACUAUCUGCCUUUAAAGUCAGAGGAAAUGUAGUAUUUAGAACACUUUGAGACAUGACAAAAUAGUUUGUUCAUGUUCCUGAAGCUAUCUUGUUCUGUGUUAAAGCUACUGAUUGUCUCAAUGUAAGUUUUAAAUAAACAUAUUUCU